GUCCAAGCAAAUUCUCACCAUCCUUGUUCAGAACAAAAAAAAAAUAAAACAAACGAUCGAAAUCAAAUGUCAUUUUUAAGGUUAAUUGGAGCAAACAAUCCAACUCUAUUUCAUCUGGUCACUCGUUCUGCACUCUCUUCUACUUCUUCUUCACUGACAAUCAAGGCUUCGUUUUCAUUAUCAUCAACAACAGACAUGGUGAAAGCAAUCAGGGUUCACGAACAGGGAGGCCCUCAGGUUCUGAAGUGGGAGGACGUGGAAAUCGGAGAGCCCAAAGAAGGGGAGGUUCGGGUCAGGAACAAAGCCGUCGGAGUCAAUUUCAUUGAUGUCUACUUUCGCAAAGGAGUUUACAAAGCCCCCUCUUUUCCCUUCACUCCAGGUAUGGAAGCUGUUGGGGUUGUCACAGCUGUGGGUACUGGACUCACUGGUAGGCAGGUUGGAGAUCUUGUAGCUUAUGCAGGUCAACCAAUGGGCUCAUAUGCUGAAGAGCAGAUACUUCCUGCAAAUAAAGUAGUCCCUGUCCCUUCAUCGAUUGACCCACCUAUUGCAGCAUCCAUCAUGCUGAAGGGCAUGACAACUCACUUUUUGGUUCGGCGCUGUUUUAAGGUUGAACCUGGUCAUACAAUUCUUGUCCACGCAGCAGCUGGUGGAGUUGGAUCCUUAUUGUGCCAGUGGGCAAAUGCUCUUGGUGCAACUGUUAUAGGAACUGUGUCAAAUAAAGAGAAGGCAGCUCAAGCCAAGGAGGAUGGUUGUCAUCAUGUUAUAAUCUAUAAAGAAGAGGAUUUUGUUGCUCGCGUUAAUGAGAUUACGUCAGGCAAUGGAGUUGAAGUAGUCUAUGAUUCUGUAGGAAAGGAUACCUUUGAGGGAUCUUUGGCAUGCUUGAAGCUUAGGGGCUACAUGGUAAGUUUUGGACAGUCAUCAGGUUCACCUGAUCCAGUCCCAUUAUCAUCUCUGGCUGCAAAAUCCCUGUUCUUGACAAGGCCCAGCCUAAUGCAAUAUGUUGUCACCCGGGAUGAGUUAUUGGAAGCUGCAGGAGAGUUGUUUGCUAAUGUUGCUUCUGGUGUCUUGAAGGUUCGUGUUAAUCAUACUUACCCAUUGUCAGAGGCUGCAAAAGCACACGAAGACUUAGAGAAUCGGAAAACUUCAGGAUCCAUUGUGUUGAUACCAUGAAACUCUAAGUUGUGUUGUGUAUAGGGGUGUUGUACACCAAAUCCUUGGGUGAUUCAUCUUGAAAAGAACUAUGGAUUAUAAAUUAUAUGCUAGAGUGUGUGAUUCAUCUUGAAAAGAAUUAUAGAUUAUGAAUUCUAUGAUAGUGUGUGUUAUUCACCACAAGUCGGUGUACUUAAAUAAGAGUGAUUUCUUUGAUGACUUCACUUUGGCUGCA